CCAAUCACACCAUUAAUGGCUGCUUCAUAAUCAUGAGAUCGAUUCAAAGACUGCGUUUCCUUCAUUCACCAUCUCUUCUCUCUCGUUUCACUGCUAAUUAUUUGCCUUUAACAUCAUCGUAUUCUUCUUCUUCUCCUCAUGCCCAAAUGGAACCCACAACAAGCAUAACUGCAGCAACUUUUCUGACCCAAGAAGAGCUUACACAAAUCAAUCUACUAAUCCCACGUUUGUGCUCUUCAAAUCACCUCAAAGAAGCUGCUAAUCUCAUCACAACAGCAUUUCUCACAAACCCAUCUUUAGAAUCAAUUUCUGUUUCCAUUUUCAUUCACAGACUCUCUCUUGAACCUGACCUUACACAACCCAUGUACUUCCUCAAUCGCCUCAAGUACACCCCAAAGGCUCAAUCUUUUCUAUUACCCAUUUGUAAAAUGUUGGUUUCUUUGUACUUUAGGAACAGGGAGGCUAAGAAAGGUUUAAAGAUUUUUCAUUGGGUGUCCAGGCCUGAUUUCCCUUGUCCUGUAGAUUAUGGAUUGUGUGCUAUUUUGGUGAACGGGUUUUGCAAGAAUGAUAUGGUUGUGGAGGGGUUGAAGGUUUUGAGGAUGAUGGUAGUUGGGAAUUUGAAGGUUGGGGGUGAGGUUAGGAUGUGGGUGUAUAGAAGUCUUCUGAGGGAGGCCAGGAUUAAGGAGGCUCAAGAACUGAAUGAAGAUUUGAAGUGUGUUGAAAAUGGGGACAAGGGAAAUGAGGAAGUGGUUGCUUUAUUGGAUAGUAUAAUCUCAAAUUGGAUUGAAUAGAGAGUUUUUAAGAUAUUGUCUUUGGGGGAUGUGGCCUAGUUGAUGAAGUUGGAGUAAACUCCAUGGGAGACUAAGGUUCAAAUCUUAAAUAGAGGCAACACAUUUGGGUGAUCUCUUCCUUCUGCCUAAACCCUGGUGGUAGAGUUAUCCGAUACCAACAGUACUGAAAGGAUGCAGGUACCUAGCGGAAUAGUCAAGGUGCAUACGACGACCUAAUCAUGCUCAGUAAGAAGAGAGCAAUAAGCAUCUCAAGACGAGAUCUCCAUAGUGUCAAUCACUUGAAGUUUGUGAUAUCUUGUUUCUCUUUGGGGUUCAGGAAGUGCUGCCAACAAUGCUAUCACACAUUAUUAAUCAGUCUUGGGACAUGAACAUCCUAACUCAGUCAUAUGCAUAGCUGGAGAUGAGAGUUACUUUAUUGUAAUGUUGACUAAGAUUGUAUCCAGUACAUGGUGCUGUUGUUGGCCUUUCGAUUAAAUUAGUUGACAGGUUGAAGGUCUUUUCUAUGUAUAACAAAACAUCCAAAUGUUUUUCCUGGUACCUUACGUGGCUUUCUAGUUGCUAAUCUCAUGUCAUAUGGUUAUAAUUUUGUAUAUGAUAGUAUCAUAUGACAGGUGCAAAUGGUCAAAAUUCAGA